AUGUCAACAACAGAGAACACAACAACAGUUAUAGUCCAUGAAGCUAUAAAUGAAGAAUAUGAGUGGGUUCAGUUUAACAAACAACUCCGUCUCAUUCGUUCGGUCAAAGACGAUAUGUACCAAAUGCAAAGUAUUUUGACAGCAUGUGCUACACCAGAUACUAAGAAACCACAAGACUGGUUUGAAUUAAAUAGCACUCAUGAACUCCUCAGUGAGUUUGAACAUGUAGAACUUAAAAAGAUGUACCAAGACAGACAAAACUUACCAUCACAUCUAAAAGGUAUAUAUGUUCAUAAGUUCCUAGUUAGUUCAAUAGCAAUGUGGGCUUCACCUCGUUAUGCAAUCUACAUACUUAUGCUACUUGACGAACUUUGUACAAAGCAGAGAGAAGAUAUGAUGAAAGAAGACAAAAACAUACAGAAAAGAAUACCAC